AUGUUUGGAGUUCCUUGUAUUUUCCUUGCAAGUUUGUUUCUGCUUGACUUUUCUGACGCUUUCAGGAAAGCACCAGAGUGCAAUGUAAGAGGCUGUAGGGAAUGUCCGGAUGGCCCUGAUACGUGUGCGAAAUGUCAAGCCCUGCACAAGCUGACCACGGACAGACGACGAUGCAUCUAUCAAUGCAACUCACACUUGUGCAGAGUAUGUCCGAGCGGUAUAUGUGCAGAAUGUUAUCAUGGGUACUACCUGGCCGAUGAUGAAACUUGCCACCAUGCAUGUCUUUCCAACGUGCCGAACUGUGGGUACUGCGAUGAUGGAUACGUGUGCUCCUCAUGCAGACCCGGCUAUGAACUGCGGAAUAACUCUUGCCUUAAGGAUAGUGAUGGCUGCGGGAAACUUCAAUCUUGGAAGGCCUUCUACACGUUCAUCUUUGUUAAAUUUAUCCAGUUUUUCGUUUUGAUAUGA